AUGAAUGAACGAGUCGAUCAUCUCAAAAUCUCCGAAUAUGGUUUCAACGUAGACAUCGGAGGCGUCGUGAACGCCCUUCAAAAUGUAGGUGGAACAGUCAGAUGGCCCCGGAAGAGCGACAAACCAGAUUUCAUGAAAGACAUGAGCAAAUGGUGCGACUUCCACCGCGACAACGGCCACAAAACCGAGGAAUGCAUCUCCCUCAAAAAGGAGGUCGCAUUGUUUCUGAAGCGGGGGCACUUAAAGGAGCUACUGAGCGACAAAGGGAAGGAGACGUACAACCAGGAGAAAACCGCCCAACCCGACCCAACGGCGAGCAGCGAUCGACCGACCCCGCCUACAUUUAACAAAGUGGUAAACGUUAUUUUUGGUGGCUCAGAUAUUUGUGUACUAACCUCUUCUGUAGCCAAAAGUAUUAACAGGGGAGAAUCUGGAGCCGUCAAAGAGAGGCAAACCGAAGAUGAGAUCGCACUCGACAAGUCCUUAGAAGCAAUGUCUAUCACCUUCGACGACUCAGAUUCAUUGGACGCGCAACAGGAGCAUCAGAAUGGAUUGGUAAUAUCACUCCCAAUAGGCAACGCUCUGAUCAAAAGGAUAUUGAUCGACAAUGGAAGCUCCGAAAACGUGCUAUUCUUGGAGGCCCUACAGGAAAUGGGGCUCGAGGAAAAGAACAACGUUAGAAGAUCAACGGUCUUGGUAGGGUUCAGUGGAGAGUCGCUGCGAACGGUUGGAGAGAUAUCAUUGCCCACAUAUGUAGAAGGUGUCUACAUCAUGACUAAGUUCAACGUCGUCGAUUGCCCAUCAGCGUACAACGUCAUCUUAGGACGACCAUGGAUCCACAAAAUGAAAGUAGUACCAUCGACAUACCACCAAUCAAUCAAAUUCCCAACCAGAUGGGGCGUCAUGGAGAUAAAAGGACAGCAAAGAGACGCAAAGAAGUGUUAUGAGACUGCAUUGAAACAGUCAAAAUCCUCCAUCUAG